GUUGGUCCUGCUGCGUCUAUCUGUCCAACCAGGAUCCCUCUCCGCAGACACACUGGGGAUGGCGGGGGACCGCGUUCCCGACGGCCCCGACCUGAAGGAGAUGGGCGAGGAGGAGCUGUGGGAGCUGAUCAAUGACAACCGCCACAGGAUAUCCCUAGGGGUCCGGCCGUGCAUCCUCAUCCCGUACCUGCGGCAGGCCAGGGUGCUCACGGAGAUGGAUGAGGAUGAGAUCCUCUCCUGCCACAACCUCACCAACCGCUGCAUGAGAACCAGUUACAUGCUGGAUCUGCUGAGGACUCAGGCGAGGAAUGGAGCUAUGGCGUUGCUGGAGAGCCUGAUGAUUCAUUACCCCACCAUGUACACUCAGGUCACAGGCCGCAAGCCCAGCGCCGAGCCCUCCACGUUCAGCGGCCUGAUCAAGUACUCGGAGCUGACGGAGUAUCUGAUCAGGGCGGUGACGGGGAUGCAGAAGGAGCUGCAGGAGGCCCGCUGCGAGGCCGGCAGGAUGAGCGCCCGCUGCGCCUCCCUGGAGUCGGAGCUGGGCCAGAUCAUGGAGCAGGAGCAGCGGUCCAGGCGCAUCCAGGCCGAGAACGAACGCACGCAGAGGCACCUGGGCUCUCUGCAGCGGGAGGUCACCAAGCUGAAGGAUGAGAAGUGUGAUCUGUAUAUCCGCUACACGACAGCCAUCGAGGAGAAGUCGGCCAUGAACGAGCGGCUCCACGACCUUAACCUUCAGGUGUAUCAUCUGCAGACGGAGCUGAAGAGCGUGGAGAUGGAGAGUGUCCGGCAGAAGCAGCGCUCCCUCCGCUGUGUUUCUGCCCCCGACACGCCGCAGCUGCAGGAGGAGCUCCGGAGUCUGCGCUGCCAGCUGGCCAAGGCGCAGAAACUGGACCCGGCUCGCCAGGACAUCCUGGCCCAGGACCUGGCCGAGGCCAUCGACAGUCAGCUGGAGCUGGCCGAGCAGCUCCGGUGUUACAGGGAGGAGAACGAGAAGCUGCACAGAGACAAACAAGAGCUCUUGCACCAGAAGGAGGGUCUGAGUGCUGAGGUGAAGCAGCUGACUCUGGACUGUAAGAUGCAGCUCCAGAAGAGCACCGUGGUCCAGAACCAGAUCCGAGAGCUGCAGGCCGAGAGAGACCAGGCGUACCUCUCCAGAGACGAGGCCCAGGCCAUGAUCGCCCGCAUCCUGGCGGAGAAGGACGCCCUGAGGUGCCAGCUGGUGGAGCUGCAGGAGGCCGUGUGCAGCCUGGAGGCCAAGAGACCCCGGGACCAGAGACCUCAGGAUGAGGAUGAGGAGGUCCGCUGGGAGAACCUGAGCCCCAACUCCGAGGAGCUGCCCUCUCGACGCAGACUUCGCCGCAUGGACGCACUCAACCCCACGCUGAUGAUCUGCAACAUCUCCGAGGAAACUCCGACCAGCAGCGUCCGAUCCAGGAACGCACAGCCACCCAGUCCAGAGUCCCUCCGCCGAAGACAGGAAGUGUUAUAUGCCGACAGGAGCCCAGAGAGCACAGUGACUGAUUCCCUUUUAGAUGACUUCGUGCUCCUUCCUGAUGUGACGAGUGAAGACAAGCAGACAUCCAGGCUUUCCUCCUCUGGUGGCUCCACUUCUCAUGGCCUCUCAAGAACGUCCGUCCCUACCUUCCUGGUGCGUUCCCGUCCAAAGGCCAUUCGCGUCAGCGGCCGCGUCCUCAACAUCUCCCUCCAGGGCGAGGCUCUCCUCAGCCAGGUGACCGUGGUGGGGGGCAACAAGACGGGCGUGUUCGUGCACCAGGUGACUGCAGGCAGCGCCGCCCACACGGUCGGCAUCAGCCCCGGCGCUCAGAUUGUGGAGGUGCGCUAUGAACAACACCAGAGAGCUCUGAGGAUGGUGCUGGAGGACUCCACUUUGGAAGAAGCCACGUGGGCCCUCGGCCAGGUGACAGGCGUCUGCCACCUCUCCCUGCGGCCCAGGCAGUGUGACUACGAGGUUCUGCUGCAGCAGCUGCAGAAGGACAAGAUGUCGUCAGGAGACUCCUUCUACGUCCGGGUCAAUCUGUCCCUCCCCGCUGGCUCCAGUGGCUCCCUGGCCGUGUCCUGCAACGACAUCCUGCAUGUAGCAAACACGCGCCCUGAAGGCGCUGAGGAUUUGUGGCACGCCAGCCAGGUUCACCCCUGUCAGCUGCUGGACCUGGACAGUGGAACCGUCCCCAACUAUUACAGGGCCCAAGGACUUUUGAUUCGAGCACUCGAAGACAUAAACUUUGAAACCAACAAGUCUGAAAAGGCUGGACAGGAGGUCUCUCAGUGUAAAAAGGCAGUGAGGAUAGUCAGCACGGGGCGGCAGGGCAGGAACCCCCUGUGGGUCAGCAUGGAGGAGGAAAACAGCAAGAGCCCAGAGCCAGGCAGUCCGACGCCGUCCAAAUGCUGCGUCACCCUCAUGCCCUACACCCUGGUCACCCCCCACUACCCCCCCAUCUGCAGGCCGGUGCUGCUGCUGCCCACCGUCCUGGGACGCAUGCUGGACAAGAAGCUGGCCGGCUGGCAGGGUUUCCAGCUCUGCGAGCCCGAGGUGUUGAGCUCCAGCGAGCACGCCGCUCGGCUGCAGAGGUCCGAGAUCCUGGAGGAGUGUGAGCCGGGGGAAAACCGCUGCUACACCCUGCAGGGCGUUGAGAAAGUCAUGAAGAAGGGGAUCCACUGUGUGCUGCCGCUGGGCCUGGACUGUGUGCGCCGGCUGCAUCGCUCCGACAUCUUCCCCAUCAUCAUCUUCAUCAGCCAGUCUGCACGAAGUGCACGUAAGCUGAGGUCAAAGCUGCAACGGCACGGCCAGUCGGAGGAGCAGCUGCUGGCGUGCUCCAGGAGCGAGGAGCCGCUGCUGGACAAGCUGCCGUGUCUGUACCACAGCGUUCCUCCCGACGCCUGGUGCGACCACGCGUCGCUGCUCACCAGCCUGCGCACCGUCAUCUGGGAGGAGCAGAAGAAGAUCGUGUGGGUGGAGCCGGACCUGUGGUGAAGCACAGGAGGCGCUAUAAAAUACAAAGACAAUAUAUACUAAUACCGUAUGCUGUAUAUAAGCUUUACAAGAAAUAUUUUGUAAACAAACGUAUGUAUCUAUGAUACUUUGAUGAGAAUUGGUAAAUAAAAUUACUUUUAGUGUAUGCAGCUGUGGUGCAGAAGGUGUACAAAGAAAUAUUUUCUACAAUCACUGCAAUCAUUUUUUGUAUUUGUUUAUAAUAA